AUGCAAUCGCUACCUAACGAGGUCAUCCUCAAAAUCUUUAGCCACCUCCCAAUCACAGAACUUGGCGCGUUAUAUCAGGUAUCAUCAUCCAUCAACAAACUCACCAUGUUAAACAUCUUAAACUCAAUGCUCUUUGAAAACGUCGUCCUCAUCAACUCUUUCGAGAAAGAUUGUGACCCCCAAGAUGACCUAAAUGCCGUUGUCGAAUCCAAUGACAACUCCAUCGACUUGAUCGAUAUCCAAGGAUUCCAAUUCACCAAGAAUCAAACAUCGAACGUCAUCACUUGUUACUGCUACUUGGACUCCCUACCAAACAUCAUUCAGUAUAAACUGCUAAUAAAAAGCGUGUCUAUAACCUGCCAACAUCUCAAUAAUCACCAAUCUUCUACAUCUCUCUCGCAUAUCGAUUGCAAAAAUACCCCAUUGAAUAAGGACUUGGAUUCAUUGAUAAUCAACGACUUGGACCACCAUCAAGCUUUGAAAUCUUUCCAAAUAUUGUGUCCUUAUUUGCAGAUAUCUCAACCAUUGGAUUUAAAUAUCGCUGACUUAUCAGUGGUUACAGAAGAUAAACAAUCACUUCGAGUUAUGAAUGAACAAAGGUUAACCAGUUUGUCCAUCAAACUACACGAAAAGAAGAACCAUUUCAUAGACUUUGGGCAUUAUAACUUUCAUUGCCUUUCUUCAUUAACCGUCGAUUAUGAAAUGAAAUACUUUGAUGCUAGUCACUUCAACAUCCCUUCCCUCAGAUAUUUGAAUCUUCAAAACAAUUCAAUCCAACAAUUUCUCAAUCUUACACAUAAAUUCUUACCAAAUUUACAAACUUUGGAUUUAUCCAAAAAUUCAAUUUAUAGAAUUCAUGAGCUAAUAGAUUUACCCCAACUCAAAAAAUUGGAUUUGAGCUACAAUAAGUUGACAAGGCUUACAAAUAUUCACAAAUUGAAAAGCUUAGAAGAACUUGUGUUAGUGGAAAACCAAAUUGGAAAAAUUGAGAAUCUUGACAAUUUGAAAAACUUGAAAGUGCUUCAACUUUUUUUCAACCUGAUUAAAACUAUUGAAAACUUGAGUCACCUUCAGAAUUUAAAUCAAUUAAAUCUUGGAUGCAAUAAGAUCAAAGACAUUGGGAAUGACAUUUCCAAAUUAAGAAACUUAAGAGAGCUUUAUCUUAAUGACAAUAAAAUCUCGUUUAUCGAGAACUUGGAUAAAUGUUGGAAUUUGCAAACCUUGGAUUUAUCCAAUAAUGACAUUAUGAGAUUGCAAAACUUGAAUAAUUUGAUUCUGUUGAAAACCUUCAAAAUUGCAGCCAAUAAAAUCGUUAAACUUGAGAACUUGCACUAUUUAAAGGAUCUUGUGGAAUUACAAUUGACCGAUAACGUUUUGGCAAAGAUUGAGAACCUUGAAAAUGAAAAACUUGCAAAAUUAUCACUUUCGGAGAACUUGAUUUCUGAUUUAACUGGAUUUCCAAAUUUACCAAUGUUGCAAGAAUUAAACUUGGGUAGAAAUAGUGUUGCUGAUAUUUCUAAUUUGGGUCAUUUACGGAAUUUAAUCAAAUUAAAUGUUUCCCACAAUAAGAUUACAAAGAUUGCCAGAGAAAUUGAGAAUUGCAAAGAAUUGGAAGUUUUAGAUUGCAGUCACAACAAAGUACUAAAUAUUGAAAAUUUGCAACUACCAAAAUUAACAGAUUUAUAUUUGAAUAAUAAUGUUAUUCUGCAUGCCAGUUUACAGUUGCCUUUAUUAUCUACUUUGAACCUCUGUUACAACCACAUUGAGGAUCUUUCAACUCUUGGCAAUGUGCAAUCCCUCAAAAUUUUGGCAUUGGCGCAUAACUCCAUAGAGGAAAUCCCUGAGUCAUUCAAUGAUUUAACCACCCUUAAUCACAUCAACUUAUCUCAUAAUCAAAUAUCCAAAAUUGCCAAUAUGUUCAAUUUACACUCUUUGAAAACUUUAUCAAUCCAUCAUAAUCACAUCUUUAAGAUUGAAAACUUGUCGAAGUUGACCAAUUUGGAAAACUUAUAUUUGAAUAGCAAUAAUAUUCAAAAGAUUGAAAAUUUGGAAAAUCUAACGAAAUUGAAAAACUUGUACCUCAGCGAAAACUCGAUUGAAAAACUAGAAAACCUAGAAACCUUAACUUCUUUGACGGCAGUUUUCUUGAAUAAUAAUUAUAUUGAUAAGAUUGAAAACUUGGAAAAUUUACUCAGUCUCAAAGUUUUAAAUUUGAAUUACAAUAAAAUCACCCAUUGUGAAAGCUUGGGAGACUUGACAGAUUUACAACAUUUGCAUGUCAACGGGAAUAAUAAUAUUGACUUGAAGUAUUUGAGCUCACUCAAUCAAGAGAAAAUCAACGUUUAUAGAGCCACUGGGUUUUCAUCUUCUUCCUUUUGUUACAACUGCAGAUAA